AACACAUUGAAUUCUCCCCUCUUUUUCUCUCUCUCACUCCAACGGCUAUGAAAGAAUUGUGAGCCUAGAUUGAUUUCAAAUUUUAAAUACACACACUCUUCGAAGACCCAACUGUAAACAAGAGAAGAAUAGCCAUGGAGAACCUUCAGACUUUGGAUCCAGAGACGGAGUUCCUUUAUUCGAAGCAAGAGACUGGGCAUGAAUGGGAACUCUUCAAGGAGAACGUGAGGCCCUUGAAGAGAGGCCGAGACGUUCGCCUUCUAAACCACGCCCUCAAGUCCCAAACCGACAAUCAACUCAAGAAAUUUCUCCUUGAAAAUCGAAGGAGGUUGAUUGGAGCAAUUGAUGAGUAUAAAGGGGACGAUCCUCUCCAACCAUGGAUAGAGUGCAUUAAAUGGGUUCAGGAGGCUUUCCCUUCUGGUGGAGACUGCUCAGGACUGGUUGUGAUUUAUGAACAAUGUGUCCGCACUUUUUGGCAUGAAGAACGCUACAAAGAUGACCUCCGCUACCUGAAAGUGUGGCUGGAAUAUGCUGAAAAUUGUGCUGAUGCUGAAGUCAUAUAUAAUUUUCUGGAGGCAAACAAAAUUGGGCAGACACAUUCUCUAUUCUUCAUUUCACAUGCUUUGCACAUGGAAUCCAAGAACAAGAUCAGAACUGCGAAUGAUAUAUUUAAUAGAGGAAUAUCGAGGAACGCUCAACCCAUUGAAAAGUUGAAGGCAGCUUAUAAGAAAUUCUUUGCGCGUUCGAUGGCAAGACCGAAAGCUAUCGAUGAGGAUUUAACGGAGAACAGCCUACCAGUUCGAAGCUUUGGAACUGUCUUGGCUAAAGGAGAAAAUCGAACCCAGAGUACAGGGAGUUUUGAUCUUGCUAGGAAAAAAUUGAAGCAAGAUAGGGCUCAUGGGGCUACUCUGAUGACCAUUUACAAAGAUACCAAUACAGACAGCACCUUGGGUCAUCAAUCAGAGUCAUCGAAGACAGACCAGAAGUCCUGGCCCAGUCUUGGUGCUCGAGCUGAGAGAAAUAAAGAAAAUAAUGCAAUCCCUACCAAGUGGAAAUCAAAUAAGAUUCCACAGAGAUCCGGGUAUGGUAUUGGAGCAGCAACUCCCAGUGCUUGUAUCGAGGUUUUUGUUGAUGAGGAAUGCGCAGAAAUACAUAAAGAAGGUGGUGAUGGUGAAAAGUCUUCAAUUCUACAGCUCAGACAUGGGGACGGUCGAGACCUUAAAAAGGAAACAGAGCUAUUAAGGGAAAAUCCAUUGCGCAAUUUUCCCAACUAUCUGCCUAGAUGAUCCAUGUUUAUUGUGUUGUUUGUACCAAAAAAUGCAUGAUCAGCUUUUAUCUUCUAAAGCUUGAUCAGUAUUUCUCUUCUAGUUGUUCCAAAAAAGUUUAAAUUGUCAUGUUUCAUUGUGGAAACUUCAUUAUUCUGGAGCAAGCAUGCUUGUGCUCGGCGUACUUGAUAUGUUUGGGUUCGUUUGACUUUAUGUUUUCUUAUUUUUACUCAUAUGCUCUCUUGAUGUGUUGUGUGGUUUUCCCCAUUUGACUAUAAAUGACAACGUUGGUACAUUAUUGAAUUUGGUAUA